AUGGAGGCGGCCUCUGAAAUGUUAUGUCCAGCACAAAAACAACUUUUUUCCAAAUUGAGUUUAUCAGGUGUAACUGUAGCAAGGCGUAUAGAAGAACUAGGAACUGAUAUUGAGAGCACCCUAAAAGAACGAAUUUCUAAAUUUAUUUUUUAUUCGCUGGCCCUUGACGAAAGUACAGAUUUGUCAGAUACUGCUCAAUUAGCAAUUUUUGUUCGGGGUAUCGAUUCUAAUUUUAAUAUCACUGAAGAAUUAGCCGCGCUUUUUCCAAUGAAAGGCACAACAAAAAGUUGUGAUAUUUUUAAUGCGUUAAUAUCGACACUUAACCGUUUUGACAUCAAAUUAAAUAACCUUUCUGGAGUUAUAACAGAUGGAGCCCCAUCAAUGGUUGGAAAAAAUGAAGGGCUCGUAGCGCUAAUUAAAAAUGAAAUGAGUACAUGUGGUGCUUUACAACUGAUGCAAUAUCACUGCAUUAUCCACCAAGAAAAUUUAUGUGCAAAAUCUGUCGGUUUUCAAACUAUUAUGAAAGAUGUUGUAAAAAUAGUAAAUUUUAUCAGAUCAAGAGCAUUGAAUCAUAGAGAAUUUAAAAACUUUCUAAGUGAAAUAGACGCUGAACAAGAAAAAUAUGCAGAAGCAAUUUCUGAUUUAAAACACCAGUUCAAGUUGAGGUUCUCAGAUUUCAAAGCUAAUGAAACAUAUUUUAAUUUGUUUUCAAUUCCAUUUUCAUUACCAGUUGAAGAUGUCCCAGAAAACAUGAAAAUGGAGAUCAUUGAUUUACAAAACAAUAAAACAUAUCCUAAUCUUCGAAACAACGCAUUAAGAAUGAUGUCUCUUGUUGGCAGUACUUACACUUGUGAACAUAUUUUUUCACGAAUGAAAAUUGUCAAAUCGAAAAAUAGAGCUCGGUUAACUGACAGUCACUUGGAAAGUUCACUCAGAAUUGCCUCGUCGCAGAUCCAACCAAAUAUAAACAAAUUAGUUAGUGAAAAACAGAGUCAGUUAUCACACUAA